UGCCACCAUGGGCCUUAAUCGCCAUAGCCAUAGUUGCUGUCCUUUUAGUCCUGACCUGCUGCUUUUGUAUCUGUAAGAAAUGUUUGUUCAAAAAGAAAAACAAGAAGAAGGGAAAAGAGAAAGGAGGGAAGAAUGCCAUUAACAUGAAAGACGUGAAAGACUUAGGGAAGACCAUGAAAGAUCAGGCUCUAAAGGAUGAUGACGCUGAAACAGGAUUGACUGAUGGGGAAGAAAAAGAAGAGCCCAAAGAAGAGGAGAAAUUGGGGAAACUUCAAUAUUCACUGGAUUAUGAUUUCCAGAAUAACCAGCUGCUGGUAGGGAUUAUCCAGGCUGCUGAGCUGCCCGCCUUAGACAUGGGGGGCACAUCGGAUCCCUAUGUGAAAGUGUUUCUGCUACCUGAUAAAAAGAAGAAAUUUGAGACAAAAGUCCACCGAAAGACCCUUAAUCCUGUCUUCAAUGAGCAAUUUACUUUCAAGGUGCCCUACUCAGAAUUGGGUGGCAAGACCCUGGUGAUGGCCGUGUAUGAUUUUGAUCGUUUCUCCAAGCAUGACAUCAUUGGGGAAUUUAAAGUCCCCAUGAACACAGUGGAUUUCGGUCAUGUAACUGAGGAGUGGCGUGAUCUGCAAAGUGCUGAGAAGGAAGAGCAAGAGAAAUUGGGUGAUAUUUGCUUCUCCCUUCGCUACGUACCGACUGCCGGCAAGCUGACUGUUGUCAUUCUGGAGGCAAAGAACCUGAAGAAGAUGGACGUGGGUGGCUUAUCUGAUCCUUAUGUGAAGAUCCAUCUGAUGCAGAAUGGCAAGAGGCUGAAGAAGAAAAAGACAACAAUUAAAAAGAACACACUUAACCCCUACUAUAAUGAGUCCUUCAGCUUUGAAGUACCCUUUGAGCAAAUCCAGGUAAUGCCAAAUAUAA